UGUGCUUUUGCAUUAUUGGUCCCAAGCCAAAACAGGUGACUGCGAGCUGUAACUCAAAUAGACUCCACACUAUCAGAGCCUGGACAGCAGUGAAGCAGAAGGAACUCGACAAAAGGCAUCAGCUCAGCAUCACAUGUUGCAGUUUAGCUCAGAAUAAAAAUAAUAGUAAUAUUUAUAGUAAUAAUAUUUCUAUUUCCAUCACAAACUGCUGCUGCCUUUGCCUGGAUGCAGACCUGAAGGAUCCUCUGGGAAAUUAUGAUGCUUCCAAAAAUUAGCAGCACAUACCUUCACACUGCUUUACCGGCACUUGUUUCCAGGAGGGUUUCUGCAUUUCCUUUCUACAAAGAUUGAAGUAGCUGUUCGUUCUUUACAGAAGGCUGAUAACCACCUCCUUUUAUAACUGAGUAUACUGGAGAGGUGGAAGACAUUCUAUAAGGGGAAAAAACGCAUUCUGUGAUAGAAGAAUUAAAGGUAAUAAAUGUUUUCUUUUGCUUCCUGCAGAACAAGGUCUUGCAUGGGAAAUUCAAGAAAUCAUAUUAUAAACGCAAUUAAUUAUCUACACAGUCAACUGAAUGUGAUGCAGUCGCAAUCCUAGUAAAAUGAUCUUGCAGUCAUUUUUGAUGAAUGAUUUACAGGGAUGACAAUUUAGAUGGAUUCAGCUCUAGAGAUAACAGAGCUGCUCUUUCAGAGAUUAUCCCUAUUUGGCAGCAAGAAGGAACUUUUCUGUUUUCAACUGAUUGCCACAUUUAAUUCCAGAUGGGUGAACACAUCUGUGCAAACACUGGUAAACCAUUGAUGAAAGUCUCUGUUGCACCACAACAUAAGUGCCAGAAAAUCUGUUCAUUUAUAAAAUGCCAUUUGGUGAUGGUCUUUUCCCUUUCUCUGAAAAAUAAGUGAUUAUACAAAAGACAACUCCUUUGUUCUUACUGCUUAUUUCAGGAACAUAAUAUGUUACUGCUGAAAGGAAACCUUAAUAAGCUAUUGCUAAAAUGAAACCUUUAUUCCUGUUAUGAAAAGGACUCUCAUUGAAUAAGUGCAAAUGUUUCUGUUUUAUGCAAGAAAUUGUGAAGGAAUCAGACUGACAUUAGUAUUUUAUUCAUAAAUAAUUUACACUGUAAGUGAGAUUUAUUUUCUGUGUUAUAGUCAAAAUAUGAAAAAGAAAUCAAAGGAGAAAAUUAUGUUGUUUUUGAACGUCAAGCUCAGCCAUCUGUUUAUACAUAAACGUUAGAGCUUUGGUCCAUAGCUUGCAUUUUGCCUGUAUUUGUAACUGCAGUAAUUUUAAGACUGCUAUGAUACAUUUGUCAUGGAAAAUAAGAUACAAAACAUUUUGGGAAACUAGGAUAAAAACUUGAUCUGAUAAAUUAAACAUCUAACAGCAAAAAUGGCAUUCAUCAGCAUGGAUUCCUCAGACAUUGUUAACAAAUUCCUAAUUUCCCCUACAGUUACUCAGAUGGAAAUCAAAUUUAAUUUUAAAGGGCUUAAGCACUGAUGGGAUGUUUAUUAUUUGCUUAACUGGAAUAGUAACAGAAAGUUGAAGGAAUUAUGACUUCUUUAAAUGAAUCUACUGAACAGCCUGUGACCGUAAUGACAGGGUAUCCUUUGAAUGUUUCUAUGGAUUAUACUUAUGACACUAAUGAUGCAAGUAAAAUUGUGCUGCCUUCUAUUUAUGCUAUCGUCUGUUGUGUUGGCCUUACAGGCAAUGCUAUGGUCAUCUAUGUCAUUCUGAAGUAUGCAAAAAUGAAAACUGCCACAAAUAUCUACAUCCUGAACUUAGCUAUAGCUGAUGAGCUGUUUAUGCUCAGUGUGCCUUUCCUUGCCACAGCCACAGCUUUGCAGCACUGGCCAUUUGGAUCUUUGAUGUGCAGGUUAGUUCUCAGUGUUGAUGGAAUCAAUAUGUUCACAAGUAUAUUUUGUCUUACUGUUCUGAGUGUGGACAGAUACAUUGCUGUGGUCCAUCCCAUUAAAGCUGCAAGGUACAGAAGACCCACCAUAGCUAAGAUGAUAAAUAUCUGUGUGUGGGUCCUGUCACUUAUAGUGAUUCUCCCCAUUAUAAUAUUUGCAGACACUGUACCUUCAGAUGAUGGAGGUGUUGAUUGUAAUUUUUUGUGGCCAGAGUCAUCUAGCUUUAUGUGGUCUGAAGCUUUUGUAGUUUAUACAUUCUUGCUUGGUUUUUUGAUUCCUGUUGUUGCCAUUUGCCUAUGCUACUGCUUGAUUGUCAGUAAAAUGAGAGCAGUGGCACUUAAAGCAGGCUGGCUACAACGCAGGAAGUCUGAAAAAAAGAUCACACGUAUGGUAAUGCUGGUGGUCACAGUUUUUGUCAUCUGUUGGAUGCCCUUUUACAUUACUCAGCUAGUAAGUGUAUUUCUACAACCCCCUGAUCCCAUUAUCACACAGCUUUUUGUAAUUCUGAGCUAUGCCAACAGUGGAGCCAACCCCAUUCUUUAUGGAUUUGUAUCUGACAAUUUCAGAAGGUCAUUUCAAAGAAUCAUGUGCUUUAAGUGGAUGGACAGUGGCCUGGAGGAACCAGUGGAUUAUUGUGCAGUUGCCUUGAAAAGCAAAGUGUGCCACCCAAAGGAUUACCCACAGGACUGUCUUGGUUCUGAAAUGGUGUACCGUAAUGGAACGUGCACAUCAAGAACAACUACUCUGUGAGGCUGUAUAAAAAAAUCCUAUUUCUCUUUGUUUAGGCAAAAUGCCAGGCAAACAGGUACUCAUAUAAUCAACAUAAAAUGCACAAGCACAUUCUUAUCUAUAUAAGAACCUUAGCAUAUAUAUUUUGGAGAUGUUUGAAAUAAUUUCCUGCCUUCAGAAUGUCAAUGUUUUACUGGUACCUUCUCAGACUACCAGCUCAGUAUAACCUUGCCCUGAUAAAAUGUUAAUUUAUUCUGAAAUAUUUUAUUUUUUUGAAAAGAAUUGGAAAUAUUUGCACUUUGCAUUGAAAGUUUGGAAGACACAAACGCUGUGGUAUAAUUAUAUAAUAUUCAAUUGAACUUUUGUUCUACUAAGACAGUUAAUGGGAAAUCAUAUGCAUAAGAAUUCCAUCAUAUUUUAAAAGGUAAGGAAGGGAAAGAAAUUUGCACAGAACUUUAACAUUGUAAAUGGUACUGUCCAUUUCACAAAUCACUGCCAGAUUAUGAUAACCACUCGUACUUUAUAUGUUCUGUUAAAUGUGUAACUAGUAAAAUGUUAUUAGUGUACACAUACUGAUUUUGAUUAUUUAUUAAACAUUUUAAUCAGCUGACUGUUACUGGAAAGUCAUGUUCUGGCUGCAAUGUGUGUGGGUGCAGAAAUGAUUAGUUAUCAACGUACAGCAAACAAAUGACUGCAGAGCAAUUGCAAGAUGUUACCAUAAAUAAAUAUAAUGAUUUCUGCACAGAACAAGACUUUGAUCUUCUGCCAUCUGUGCAGAAGCAAAUAUAAAAAUAAUCAAAUCUGAGCAAGCACAUGAUAUUUGCAGAACUGUUAUGGUGAGUGUUCUCUGACAGUAGUGAGCUCUAAUAAAGAAAGUAACAAUUUAUAUACAGAAUGGUUAGAAAAUUAAAUAUGGAAAAUAAUCUAUACUUUAAGCAUUUAUUUUGGCCACAGUAAGUAGUAAUGCACCACACUGUGUCAUGACAUAGAGCAGAUUUAUGUGAGACCAAUACCACCAGAACACUAUAAUGAAAGUCAGUAGCAUUAUAAACCUAGAAUACUUUGACAUUUGUUAGGAAUCUGUACAAUAUGUAGUGACCUGCAGGUAGGAGUUCUGAGACAAACAUGUUUUGUGCUUCAGUAGCAUUAUUUGCUGUAUUCUAAAACAAAGGGAUUGAAAGAAUAAAUUUAGAUGAAGAUUAAGAUAUCAGAAUAAUUCUGAAUCAAUAUUUCAGAGGUUUUAUGGGACUUAUGCUAAAAUGAGUAUAAAGAUAUCUGGAUCACUGGAUGUAAACUGCUUCUGUUUAAUAUCACUUAUUAAUAAAUACUAGAAGGUUGUACCCUAAAAUUA